CUCGGCUGCCGGACCUCCGUUCGCCGGAGCCUCGGUAUUGUUAUGAGUCGUCUCCCGAUUCCGUAGCCGGUCGUCUUGGGAGCCGCCGCCGGCCUGUCAUCACCGUGUAUCCGUGGAGCUUAUCUCGCUUCCUUACUGCCGGACGGGCAUCAUUUAAAUAAUGUGUUUUGGUGCUUUGUUUGCCCGGAUCUGGCAUUAUGCAGUAUGACAGACAGACAGACAGACGGACGUAGGGGCGACCAUGUUUCGGAUAGGGAUACAGCCACCUGGUCAACCGCGGCUGGUUACUCCAGUAAUACUAGCGGCCUGCAGCAGCGUGCUGCCGCCCUCGAGCAGGAGCGUGCCGAGUACGCCAGGCGCAAGCAGCAGCUGGAGACUGAGUUCAACCAAAAGCGCGCCAAGUUCAAGGAGCUCUACUUAUCCAAAGAAGAGGAACUUAAGCGGCAGGGUGCCUCCCUGGACUCUGCGCAGGCCGAGCUGUCCCAGGUUAAGGCCCGGCUAAAGGAGGCCCAGGCAGAGAUGGAGAACAUAAAGGCAGUGGCCACUGUGUCAGAGAGCACUAAGCAGGAGGCCAUAGACCAGGUGAAGAGGCAGUGGCAGGAGGAGGUGGCCUCACUACAGGCCAUCAUGAAAGACACACUGCGGGAGUAUGAGGUCCAGUUCCACCAGAGGCUGGAGCAGGAGCGUGCCCAAUGGAACCAGUACCGCGAGGCUGUAGAGAGGGAGAUGACUGAUCUGCGCCGGCGACUGUCAGAGGGCCAAGAGGAGGAGAACCUGGAGAAUGAGAUGAAGAAGGCUCAGGAAGAUGCGGAGAAGCUCCGCUCUGUGGUCAUGCCGAUGGAGCAUGAAAUAGCAGAUCUGAAAGCCAAGCUGGUGGAGGCGGAGGAGCGGGUCAAGGAACUGGAAGCCUCUAAGGUGACAGAGCUCAAUCAUGUGCUUGAGGCAGAGAAGUCCUGCCGUACGGACCUAGAGAUGUAUGUGGCAGUCCUCAAUACCCAGAAGGCUGUGCUCCAGGAAGAUGCCGAGAAGUUGCGCAAGGAGCUGCACGAAGUGUGCCACCUGCUGGAGCUGGAGAGGCAACAGCACAACCAGCUGAAGCACACGUGGCAGCGAGCCAAUGACCAGUUCCUGGAGUCUCAGAGGCUGCUCAUGAGAGACAUGCAGAGGAUCGAGAGCGUGCUAUCCUCUGAGCAGCUACGGCAGGUCGAAGAGAUGAAGAGGAGGGACCAGGAGGAGGAUGAGAAACAGCGCCUCAGCCAGGCCAAAGAGCUGAAGGAGGAGGAGGAAUGCACAGACCCUGGGGAGGACUCACUGCAUGGGCUGCCCACAGAUGAGGCCUUUACCAACCACAGCAUCCACAGCUCCAUCCACUCGCUGGACGCGGACUUGGCCGGUUCCACAGAGGGUCCAGACGUCUACCGUGACGGCCUGCGCAGAGUUCAGUCCACAGACAGCCUGGGCUCGGCGGGGGGUGCCCUUUCAAGCCGAAGCCUGGGCUACAACCACAAGGCCAAGUCGGCCAGCCACCUGGAUGAGUCGGACUUCGGGCCACUGGUGGGGGCAGAGUGCACAGGGCCCGAGGGCUUGGACGCCGGGUCCCUGGGCUCUAUUCACUUGCCGGCGGGUCACUUCUUGCUCACCAAGGACCAGGAGAAGGCCAUCAAGGCUAUGACGCCGGAGCAAGAGGAGACAGCCUCACUGCUGUCCAGCAUCUCGCAGGCCCCCGAUACGUCGUACCUGACCCCCGCAGGGUACCGGCUGGUCAGCGAGUCCGAGUGGAACCUGCUGCAGCAGGAGGUGAAGAAUGCUGGCAGGAAGUUGGGCCGACGCUGUGACAUGUGCUCCAAUUACGAGAAGCAGCUGCAGGUCAUUCAAGGCCAGGAGGCAGACACACGGGAUCAGGUGAAAAAGCUCCAGGCAAUGCUGCGGCAGGCCAACGACCAGCUGGAGAGGACGAUGGCCGAGAAGCAGGAGCUGCAGGACUCGCUGAAGCAAAGCAGCGAGGAGACCGCCACCAAGGUCUCCACACUGAUGCAGAAGGUCCAGGAGACAGAGACCCUGCUGGUGACGUUACAGCAGGCCUUUAGCCAAGCCAAGAGGAGCACCCAGGAGCAGAUGGCUGUGCUCAUGCAGUCCAGGGAGCAGGUCGCGGAUGAGCUCAGCCGGCUGCAGCGUGACAAUGAGAGUCUGCAGGGAAAACAUCGCAUGCACCUCUCGCUGCAGCAGCAGGAGGACUUUCAGCUGCCCACUUCGGUGCAGGAGCUGCAGGCCUUGGUGCUGAGCUACAGGGAGGACAUUGUGGCUGCGCGCACUGCUGCUGACCACCUGGAGGAGAAGCUCAAGGCUGAGAUCUUGUUUCUGAAGGAGCAGAUUCAGGCCGAGCAGUGUCUCAAGGACAACCUGGAGGACACACUGCAGCUGGAGAUUGAGGGCUAUAAGGAGGAGAUCGCAUCGUUCUCCAGUUUAAAGACUGAGCUGGAGCGAGUGAAGGUGGAGAAAGAGCAGCUGGAGCGCACUCUGGAGGAGAAGAGUCAGGCCCUGGAUGGUAUCCAGGGUCUGAAGAGCAGCCUGGAGGGGCAACUGAAGGAGGCCCUCAGUAGCAAGACGGCCCUGGAGAGCCAGGUGUUCGACGAGAAGGACAAGGCCCAGCGGCUGCAGACAGAGCUGGAUGUCAGUGAGCAGGUACAGAGGGAUUUCGUCAAGCUCUCGCAGACCCUCCAGCCAGGUCCCGAGGUCAUGCCCUUUGCUGAUGGGACCAAUCGGCAUGGCACCCACCUAACCACACAUCCCCAAUCCAGGUCCAGCUGGAACGCAUCCGGCAAGCUGACACCUUGGAGCGGAUCCGCGGCAUCCUCAAUGACACCAACCUGAGUGACAUCAGCCAGCUUCCCGAGACAUGAUGCCUCUCACGUCCCGCUGCCCCUACUGCCCGCCAAUCAUCCAGGACCACCCUGCCACCCAUCCCCCACCUCUGCCCAGUGAUACCCUUUUAUGAGUAGGGCUGUGAUUACCUGCAGCUGUGAGGGCAUGAAGAGGGAGGGGGGGUACAGUUGCUUUUUUUUAAUUAAAUCAACAUCUUGUUGAGGAGAGAUGUUGAACCAAAACAAUAAUUUUUGACAAAGAGCAGGCUGCCCUGUACGCAGAGGUGUGCGCUAGGGUGGGUGGGGGGCACAAUACUACUAGCAAUGUUGUAAAUAGGCGUGAGACUGAGGCAGAGGCUUUGGGACCGACGGGCCCUUCCUGACUCCCUGUUAUGUUGACCUGCCCUCUACCUUCAGUCUGUUGCCCUCGGAAACACUUUCUUCGGGUACCGCGAAUGAAAAUUCAUCCCUUUCUCUGUCUCUUCACUGGUUAUCCUCCCUCCCACCUCAGUGAAAAAGACUGCCUUGUCCAUCUGGCUUUCUGUCCGGUUUUGGUCCGGAUUUGGCUCUUAAUCUUAAUCUGCGGGGCAGAAGGCCGCAGCUUGGACAACACUAUGAAGGACACAUGCAUAUACAUAAGUGCAUGUAUACACACACACACACACACACACACAUUGAUAUCUGUAUAUAAUAAUAAUAUAUACAUUGGAUCAUUGAAGUCAUCUUGCGUAACUUGUGUUUCUCUGCCCUGGAUUUAUGGGAAAUGAUCAUUUGACCUUCUCUUGGGUCCCUAGCCAGCUCUCCCCCCCCCCCCCCCCAAUGUACCGCUGCUUUCCGUGGAACCGUCUCCAGCAAUGGUCCUGUGUGACUUUCCGGCAGCUAUUCCAUUUGGUUUGGAUGUCUCUUGUAAGAAAUAAUAAAUGGACAUAUUGAUUAUUAUUAUUAUUAUUAUUAUUAUCAUUUUUCAGUGUCAGUAUGGAAUCUGGAAUAAACCGUCAGUGGAUACGUUGAUCUUCAGUGACCCUCAUUGACCAGGAUCAUGCUAGGAUUGUCCUCUGAGCGUUCUCCUGGACCGUUACGUAUGUGCUACAGAUCCACAGCUUUUCACAGUGUGGAAACUCACAGCACUUUUUGUUCUUAUGUAAAGCCCGGUGUGACCUUUGCUGCCGGUAUGGUUACGAACUGAAUUACCGGGUCAUAAAGCCAAUCCCACUUUAUAUGAUCAGAACAGCAUUUUUCUCCAUUGAGAACAUUAAACAGCUAAUUUACUGGCUAAAAUAACUGAGAUGUAACCCCUCCGUUAGGGUUGGUAUCAGGGUGGGCGUGGCCUCCUGUCCUGAAUACAGCAGAAAGCUUGUGUGACCCUUUCAAUCACACCAGCAGAAGUAUGUCCGGAUGGAGUUAAUGUUGCCUGGAUGUGAAAAUAAAUAUACCCCCCUCCCCCCAGUUAAGGUAGAACGGCUCACUAGCAUCGAUACAAAGGUUUUGGUUGAGUUUUCUUUAUUCUCUUGAGCCAGGCUAUAGGGUCUCCGUACAUCUUCUGAUGGUUGUUGCAGGCAAGACUGUUGAUUACGGCUCAUGCCCAAUUGGUUACUUUGCUGAAUGACUGAGACUGAACUUAACGAGGCUGUUUGCUCCAUUCAGUCCAUGUGCUGUUAUGAUGUCCCUCUUUUUGUUAAUGAUUUGGGUGUGUGGGGUAGGAGGGACAUGAUUUUAGAGAUCCUCAGACUCCAAACUGACAACUAGUCGCAACACUACUGACACACGCGACCAGCAAGCCUCAGAAUCGCCACGCCUCUGAAACCAGUUGCAGAAUGGAGUUAUAUCAAGAGAAUAUUUUUACUGCAGUUUGCUAGUCCAUAAUAUAUCCAUGUUGUAUUUUUUCCCCUGUCAUGCCUGCUUUUAGUCUUGUGAUGAAAUGAUUCAUAUUUUUCCUUGUGUCCAAAAUAACCUUCACUGGAAAAUAUUUUACUUUACUUGGAAUUUAUCCACUUGUGCGUUUUGUACACAGGAUAUUGGUUAUCAGUCCCAAUUAUGGUUCAUCUAAUUACUGACCUUGCAUGUGUCUGGUGCAGAGCUCUUUAGAAUAAAGUCCUGGCUGUGUCUGACUCAUACGACGGUGUCUUCUGUGGGCUGCCGAGGUGUUCAAGUCAGAAGGGCUUGCUGGUAAAUGUCCCCAGCAUUACUUCCUGUAUUGUAUUGAGGCUUUACAGGGGCUAUUCGUACAAAACUGUGAGUUUGUAUGUGCGGUUUGUUGUAUUUAAGAGCUCAGUGCAGCAGGUGGACCAGAAUUGCUGUUGGAUUAAGACCCCCCCCCCCCUCCACAUGUGAUCCUGAUGUGUCAAUUCCUGCUCAGUUUGGCAGGUGGUAGUGCAUCCCACAGCUGUGCAGUGAAGGACCAGGCAGAUGAACGGCCAGAUGGAAUGAGAAGGCUCCAGACACAAUUAAGGAGCCAGAGAUACAAUGCUCCGCAGGAUGUAGCUAAGCAUCAUGUCUUUCCAGCACAGGCUCUGAGCUCUGUGUGAUUGCCCACGUCUGAAGUCCUGCCAGGUCUUUUUUUCCAUCACUGAUAGUAACCUGACCUGAAAUCUGAAUGAGAAAUUGUGCUGUCUUUUAAGUAUAUCUCCUCUCACAUGGUUAACUGCAUGGAACUAUGGACAAGAUGGAUAUCGUAUUGACCUUUAUAGCUUAGUUGAGCAAUGUCUUCAGAAUCCUGUAGUCUUAAGGACACUUCUACGUUCAGCCUGGAGACUAAGGACCGAAAAAGAUGAGAUGAUGCAUGCCGAGCACCCUGAAAAUCCUGUUCAUACCACACUUAGCGUGACAGCCUCUGUUGUCACACUGUCCCUUAGGUAACUAUAUAUUUUGAAGCAGUUUAGAUUGAUUUUCUCUGGAAUUCUGUUGAGGUUGAGAGAAAAAAAAAAACACUAGCGGCUGUAAAGCAAAUGUUUCGUAGGUAGAUCUUUAUGUGGGGAUUCCCAGCUUCAAAGCCCAUCCACUUAACGGUUCUGUCCGCAUGCUUCACUGCUGCUGGAGAGCUCCUUGCAAACCUACAUACUGUACUGUGUACAUAUCUCUGUAUAUACCUAAUAAACCAGAUUGUAAUUUCA